AUAUAUCAGUGUAAUCUGCGUGCAAUAUUUGAGCUCUAUUUGUGGGUUUAAAAAUGGAGAAAUAUGUGAUAUGGGUAGUGUUAUUGCAAGCUAUUUUGAUAGGUUAUGCCAUUAAAACUGGAUAUUUCGAAGAAAAUAGAAAUAUUAUUGAAGAAUUUGAUGAGGCGAAAGAGAAGCAGCCAUACAGAACUGGAUUCCAUUUUCAACCUCCCAAAAACUGGAUGAAUGAUCCAAAUGGACCAAUGUACUAUAAUGGAGUGUACCAUUUCUUCUAUCAGUAUAACCCAUAUGGUGCAACAUGGGGUAAUGGUAACCUUUCAUGGGCGCAUUCAGUUUCGUACAACCUCGUCGAUUGGACCCACAUCGAGCACGCACUCUCUCCGUCGGAACCGUACGACCUACGAGGUUGCUGGUCCGGCUCCGUCACAAUUCUCCCCGACAAUAACAUGCCCGUCAUUUUCUAUACGAGUAUCAGUGUUGAGGGCGAGGAGGUGCAAAAUCUUGCUAUGCCGAGAGACACCUCUGAUCCCUUUUUGAGGGAGUGGGUGAAAUCUCGGCAUAAUCCGUUGAUAAGGCCACCCUCGGACAUUGAUCCAAGAUCCUUUAGGGACCCCACGACCGCUUGGCAGAAGAUGGACAAGACGUGGUGUGUCCUGAUUGGGAGCCAACUUGGCAGUGACAGAGCUGGGAUUUUGUACACGAGUCGCGACUUUAUUAGCUGGAGCAGGGGCGAUAACCCCCUACACAUGUCGAAUAGGACAGGAAUGUGGGAGUGUCCUGAUUUUUACCCUGUUAGUGCUAGUGGUGGUGAUGGACUCGACACGUCCGCCAAUGGGGAAGAUGUGUUGCACGUCCUCAAGGCGAGCUUCAGUGGUCGCGACGAUUACGUCAUAGGAACUUAUGAUCCCAUGACGGAUGAAUUCAAUGUCGUCGGGGUUGAUUUCAUGGAUGAUCGUGUCCAAUUAAGGUAUGACUAUGGCAAUUUCUACGCGUCCAAAUCAUUCUACGAUGCGGCCAAGAAACGAAGGGUGUUGUGGUCGUGGGUGCUCGAGGGCGAUAGCGAAGCCAAUAGCAUCGCAAGGGGGUGGUACGGCUUACAAGCAUUGCCAAGAACUAUUUUGCUUCAUGAAGAUCAUACACAAUUGAUACAAUGGCCUAUUGAAGAGGUUGAAGGACUUCGUGAUGGAAAAGUUACAUUAGAUAUUAAAGAGAUUGAGAGUGGGACAAUGUUAGAAAUUGCGGGAAUCACGGCUUCACAGGCUGAUGUUGAAGUCUCAUUUCACGUUUCAAAUCUAGACGGAGUCGAGCUAAUCGAUGAAGGAUUGCUCGACCCCCAACUCAUUUGCACCCAAAACAAUGCAUCCGUGAACGGGGUCUUAGGACCGUUCGGUCUCUUAGUCUUGGCUUCAGAGGAUUUGACGGAACAAACUGCUAUCUUCUUUCGGAUUUUCAAGGGUCGUGGCAAGCACGUUGUGCUCAUGUGCAGCGAUCAAAGCAGAUCUUCACUAAAAACGCCAGUCAAAGACGCGAUUUAUGGUUCAUUCCUCGAUAUUGAUCCUAAUAAGGAAAUCUCCUUGAGAACAUUGAUCGAUCACUCGAUAAUCGAGAGUUUUGGCGGGAAGGGGAAGGCCUGCAUCACUGCAAGAGCAUAUCCAACGUUGGCCGUCUUCGAAAACUCCCACAUUUAUGUGUUCAACAACGGCGCCAAGAGCAUUGGUGUCUCGAGCCUUAGCGCUUGGAGCAUGAAGAAUGCUCAAUUCUCACAAGAAGGGAGCUCGUGGUUGGGCUUUGAAUAACUCGAUUCAAAAAAAGUGUUUGUAGGAUUCAAACUUGUUUUUUUUUUUUUUUUUGACUUGUGGGAGUUGGGGAGGGGGAGCAGUGGGAUUUGAACCCGAGACCUCACUGUUCAUAUACAGAAGGUCGCACCGCUUGAUGUCCCCUUAGAAACGGUAGGAUUCAAACUUAACAUCAUUUGAUUCACGAUCGAUGUCGUUCAUCUACCAAUUAGUGACCUAGCUUCUAUUGCACCUUUUUUUUGGGUAUACAAACUAAAUUAAUGGCAUCCAAUAACAUGUACUAGUAUAAUUUUUGUUACAUCUUAUUGCUUAUGGUUUUACUCUGUUGUAUGGUGUC